AUGGAAUCUCGUCGCCGGUAUGCCAGCAUCAUCUUGUCAGCUUUUGCCGGCAGCAAUGGCUUGAAGGUGUUGCUUGACCAGUGUGCUUUGAUCGUAGCAAGGGCACGCCAGCCCGACAUUCUUCACAUGAUAGUGGGGCCGGGUCAGGACGGGAAGACCUUGGUUUUCGUGGACCACAUGCGUGCAGUCUUUGGAUCGGGCUUUGGAUGUGCGCCCUCCAGCAUGCUGCAAACAGAACGCGAAUUCCAACAACAAGGGUCGAACUUCAUACAGUGUUGCUACUUGGUGUUCGAUGAAUGUCGUCGAGAACAGGGCUUGAUAGAAGACUUGGUGAAGGUCUUUGUCGGGGGCGGGUGGUUGCCUCUGCGUCGCAAUCACGAGCCUGAAACAAAGUAUGGACAUUGGGCUUUUGCUGGCAAAGCGUGGUGCCUCAAUGUUGGGGACAUUCCGUACCUUCCCACAUCACAGGAGAUCUCUCAUGCCCGCAGGUUCCGCUGUACCUUCAUGCGGAGUCACUUCACAAGCAAUGCUGCGGAUGUCGACCCGGAUCGGAAGAUUUUCAAAGCCGACCCAAGCGCCAAGAUCUUCAUGGCCUCCGGAGAGGCGGUCUGGUGUUUUUACAAUGACUUCUUGUUCCCUCACCUGCGGAAGUUCGGCAUCCACGCCUGCAGCAAUGCUUUGGAAUAUGGCACUGGGUCUGCGAGCACGGCAAAGGACUCUGAAUGGCUCUUGAAGCGCAUGAACCGGAGCACGGACGCCUGUUGUCCGGAGGAUCUCGAGUCCCAGGACACCUUUGACCAUAAAGACAAGCGGCGCACUACAUCUGAGAAGAUUGUUAGAGAAACGCACAAUGUGGUUGACCAGGAAUUCUUCUCUGCUGCGGAUGUUAACCGGCUGACUGUACCGUCUAACCCUGGGGCAGUGCUCCCAAAAGGUGGCAAGGCACAGGCGGGCGGCAAGAAGCUUCGCGUGGACUUCCUGAAGGAAUCGAUUCAACUCUUCCCGAACCUUAUCCGACUCGUGGCUGGUCAAACUCGGCAAGGUGUGUCGUUGGACCGCUUCCAACGUCGGCAGAUCGAUGUUGCUGACUGGGAAAGGAGAACUCGGCGAAAAGGUUGUAGAGAGAGAACUUGGUUGGCUUGUUGGAAAAUAGCUUGCAAGUUGUCUUGUGCUUGUGAACCUUUGGACAGGACGCUGGAGAAGGUUGCGCAGGAGUCGCAGGAGGCUUCCGUGUCUGAUGUGUUUGGCAGUUGGGAUGCGUGGCCUUGGCGACCCGAAAGUGAGCAAUGGCAGGAUCCAGAAGAAGGACUGCAAACCCUGCCGAAGGAUCAAGCUUGGUCGUUGGUUUGCCACGUCGACGUUGCUAAGCUUCGGCGUUAUCAAGACUUGCAAAUCGACCGGCGCCCAGAACAGUUGCAGGCCUUCUUGUCGUCCUUGCCCGAGGAUGCGAGCAGUAACGCCGCAGGUGUGACUGCAGUGACUAUCGUUGGGCACCAGAAGAUUCUGGAUGAGAUAUCCGUUGGAAGAGUUGCAUUUCCAUGGUCGAGCCUGCCACACUUGACUCGCGAAGCGCGGGCGGCUGCAUCCCCGGAGGGAUCUCGUGAGUUCGACAUGCCCAACGCAGUCGUGUUUUUUGCUUUGCAGAUUGGCCGCGAGCUGAAUGUGGAUCUCCCUGCGUUCGCACGCUAUUCGGCACACAAGGCCUUGUGGAGGAAAGCUGUGAUGCAGUGGCUGGGCAUGUCGAUGCAUGACGCGAAGAAGACGUUGCUGCGUGCGGUGUUCGGGUUCGCAUCCUUGUCCGCAUCUGGCGGUAAGAUGUCUUCAUGCCCAUUGUUGGAUGCUCUGGCUGUAGACGGGAACAGGCUUAAGCAGACACUUGCAGACAAGCAUCCCGGCUUUGUCAAAGCUCUGAAAGCUGCUGGAAAGAAGAGGCCAGAGACUUCCACGAUGGCGUACAUCUUGUUUGACCGGGAGAACACAUACUUGCAAGACUUCGCGAGCUUAUUGCCAAAGCAUGGGUUCCACAUGGUCAGUCCUGUGUACGAUGCCGUGGUGGCCGUUCCUGGGCAGGGACAUCACUUGAAUGCGUCACAGGCGGAGCAAGAUUUGCUAGAUGAGUUUGACCGCAAAUGCGGUGUGCGCAUGCAAGUGUCCACCGUGCAGGCUGUUGUCAAAGAUCGCAACAUCGCACACAUUGUGGAGCAGCUGCUGGCGAACGGCAACGGCAUGAAGUUGGAGGAUGUGCAGGAAAAGGAGGUGUUGCCAGGCAUUGGCAUGUGCAUCCCGCAAGCACUCAUCAACCUCUUCCCAACGAUGGAAGAAGACGUGAGGACAGCUUUCGAAGGCUCGGCGGGACCGUUCUCAUACCGAGAAAUCAUGGAGCAGUGCAGGAGUGUGAACAUUGAGCCCAUCCACUUUGAGGACAGAGCAGGUGUCGAAGAGGAAUCAAGAUAUCUUCUACAUGAUUCCGAAGCAAACUGCCUCUCUCAGUGUGGGCAUUGCUACGGUGUGCUUGCAGGCCCAUCCGGCUUGGUCCUGUGGACUUCCCAUCAAAACGACAGUGUGCAGUUGAGCGCAAGACUGUUUUGGGAGCAUGCCAUGCAAAUUACGGGAGUGAAACUUUUCAGGGUUGAAUGCAAUGCUGCCCAGCGCAAGCGAAAGCGCACACCGCCAAUGCCCAUUGCAGAGCUCGAGCUUCGUGCUGGCAUGGACCUUGGGGAAGACAUGAUGGCCGUCAUUCGACAUCAAAUGGCAGAAGAGGUCAAGGCAGAAGUGUCACGUUUGCAAGAUGCGGCAGGCCUGGCCGCCGACAAUGACAGCAAAUGCCGCUUGUGUCCUUUUCGAACUUUCCAGCGGAGAUCGCGGACCUUGGAGCAUGUCGAAAAGUACCACGAUGCCGCACGCCAGGUGCAGAUUUGUAUCGUUGCAUCGAUCGGUCUUGUCAGUUGCGGACAGAUGGACGGUGCAUGCGGUGUCAUGCGCACGUGGCAAGCCGGUGAUGAAAAUUGUGAUUUGUUGUCGACGGCCGCUGACUUGAUCGCUUCCUGGGUGAGUCCGGAUGCCGACACCCUUGCAUGUUUGAAGAAGCAAAACUCCAUUGAUCUGGUUUUGCUUCUGACCGGCAGCGGCCCCCAGUAUGUCCUCAAAGCGCAAACAGCAGAGGCCAGGCGCCUGAAUAAAACCAUCUACUACCAGAAGGGCUUCGCUGAUCUAGUGCUCGCCAAAGCUCUGCGGCAUCGUGGGAAAAUCCACGCCAUGUUCAACGACAUCACAUCGGAAUGGGUUGCUCGAGGUUGUCAGUGUUCGUGGCUCGGAUGUCGCCGCCGGGACAGUCGCACCGAGCUGGUGCAGGAGGUCAUGGACCUUCCGUAUGUACAAUCUCUUCGGGGUCGUCUCGUUGAUGCUGCCACAAGCAAACAGGAGUGGAUCGUGUGCAGCCACGAUGCCACGUAUCAAACCCUGUUUUCAAUCAUCGGGCAGCGGCCCAUGCAGCAACGGGCCGGAGAAGCACAUGCGCUGCACACUGUCAUUGGUCGCUCUGGGGCGGUGCCGGGCUUCAGCUUGCAAGCGACAGAAGGUUGUGCAUGUUUCCGGAGGGCAGUGGCCGAGAUCCUUCCUAUAGCUGCACGCAGAACCGUGCGGUUCCUAUUCAGUGACUCUCCGGAGUCGGUCGAGGGGGCCACGGACGUUUUGCCAGCUCUGGAAGGGGUUGCGGAGGACCCCCUGCAUUUGGUUCUGCGUGUUGAAGCGUGCACCGGGGAGCGCCGCACAACAUGCUCUGCGGCGUUGCUGCGAGUUCAGAUGAAGUUUCGUUGCCCACAAGCAGGAGAGUUCUAUCAGGGAGAACGGUUAGAAGAUCAGGAUGCAUGGGCCGAUGUAAAGGCACGUGAUUGGGCGUCGAUACAGUCGCCAGAGUAUCUUCAAAGCCCGUACUCCUGCCGUCGACAGUAUUUGGAGGACCUCCGUGCAGUAUGUCAGCAGUUUCCCGAAGACAUGAAGCGUAAAGACCACAAAGGGAGGACGGUGCUGCAGAUAAUUCAAGCCGGCGGGUCUGGUCGCCACUUCCGAUAUUUGUUGAACGGUUCACAUAUCCUUGCCAAGUUGAAGGACAUCCUGCCUGCAGCGGACAUGCAGUUGCUGAGUUUCGGUACCUGUAGCAACGAAGCCUUGCAUGCUCAGUUGAAGUCGUCCCAAGAGGUCAUCGUCCAGCAGCACGUUGAAGUGGUGCCGUUGCACUUGUCAGCAUUCUCUCUCGGGAAAUUGUUGGCCCACCAUGCCGCUGCCUACUUCCCGACCAUUGCCCAGCGGCGAGAGUCAGAGAUCUUGUCAUUGUUGCAGGGUCGAAUUGUUGCUGGGCUCCUGCCAGCACUGAGCCAGGAAGAUGAAAUAGUGCUGAGGACCAGGGAAGAUCUCCGCAAGCCAGUCCAUGAGUUGGAUUCCAGCAAAGUCCAACGGCGGCAAGCUGUUGCGGCGAGGCAGCAGUCCAGUUGGCAGCGUGAACAAGGGAUCCGGAAGGAGAAGCGAAACAGAAGGCAGGUGGCCGCCGCGCAUGUGGCAGCGACAAAGCGCACCAUUUUCACCAAGAAGAAGCCAGCCGGCAUGAUGUAG